AUGAAGUUCAACCCUAGGGUUUCCAGCAGCCGCCGCAAGAGCCGCAAGGCCCAUUUCACAGCCCCAUCAAGCGUUCGACGCGUCCUGAUGAGCGCACCCCUCUCCGGUGACCUCCGAUCGAAGUACAACGUGCGUUCAUUGCCCGUCCGUAAAGACGACGAAGUGCAGGUUGUUAGAGGAACCUUCAAGGGACGUGAAGGAAAGGUUGUUCAAGUUUAUCGCCGGAAAUGGGUGAUUCACAUCGAACGCAUAACACGUGAGAAGGUUAAUGGUUCAACUGUUAAUGUUGGUGUUAACCCUUCCAAAGUUGUUAUCACUAAGCUUCGUUUGGAUAAGGAUCGUAAGUCUUUGCUUGAUCGGAAGGCUAAGGGUCGUGCUGCGGCUGAUAAGGAAAAGGGUACUAAGUUCGCUCCUGAAGACAUUAUGCAAUCAAUUGAUUAG